GAUGUGAAAGGAGAUGACAUUUUCCAAGUUCUUCAUUUUUUUCUUCUCCUUUCAAAAGGAAGAGGGGGAAAAAAAAGCAAACUUGAACAGAACCCAAUCGAUCACAGAACUCACUUCUUGAAUGUUGAACGCAUCCUCUCCAUCUCCUCUGAUUUCUGCCAAGCCCUAAUCUCAAUCUUGCCUCCUUCUCAUCUUCAACAAUCAAAGACUGCGACUUUACUCAAAUCAGCCAAAAGGUAGGUUUAGAGUUCCUCCUAUCCUUGAAGGUAUUCUUGAAGCAUUUCAUGGCAGGCAAUGGCCUGCCAUCCUUGGGCCGUGUGAAGCUUGCUGAUCUUGUACCUUCCGAAGGGCUCCCUACUGAUGCCUACAAAAUUUCUGUCUCAACCCUGUCACAAUCACUCGUUCAAUAUUCAGCUGCAGUUAUUCAGUUUUCAACUAGCGAUGGGGCUCUUUUGAGGUCUGGUAUAGAUUCUGCUCGCCUCUAUUUCCAUCAAAGAGCACCGUACCCUGCUAGUGAUAUGAUUCACACCAAUGAAACUCGUGAGUGGUGCAAGACGUCUGGUUACUAUGCAGAUCCUCAGUUGUGGCAAGAAACUUAUGAUUACAGACCUGGCCUAACACCCAUUGAACCAAACACAUUGGAAUUACCACCAGCAGGUCUACCAGAUGUAUUUUCUCUUCUGGGAAAAGCUGCUAGGGAUAUCUUGGAUGCCAUCAGUUUCUACCUAAACUUGCGGAGCUCUCCUUUCUCUGAAGUUCUCGAUAAUGUCCCUUUGAGAAAUCGGGAAAUAUCAUCCUCAGUAUUGUCUGUUUGCUGUCAUGCAAGGCCAUCAUUUCAAGGAGCACAACACCCUAAUUUGAUAAAUCAAGAUGAUGGCCAAUCAGUUAUGUUUUCUGACAAUGAUCAGCAGAUUGAUAAAAGCUUAAUAACUCUUAUGAAAUCAGAUAAAGCAGGUUUACAUGUAAGAGACUUCCAAGGCCGAUGGGUUCUUGUGGAUGGAGACCUUGGACCCCAGGAAGCAGUUGUUUUUCCUGGACUUGCACUUUAUCAGGCAACAGCAGGCUAUGUGAAUCCAGCUCUGCUUAAAACGGAGAUCACCAACGUGCAGGAUAACAUGUAUGGAAGGUGUUCAUUGGCUUUCAGGCUCAUGCCUAAGUCAAUGACCAGUCUUAGCUGCUCUGAGAUGAGAGCAGCUGGUCAUGGGGUUGAAGCUCAAUUCCAGCUUCCAGUACCAGUUGAUGAUUUCAUGCAAAGAUCCCACCCAACAGAUCAGCUCCUCAACAGGCAUAGUCUCCAAAGUUUAAACUUCCCUACAGCUCAAGAUGGAUCUAUGAAGCCCUUGAUGAGAAGGAAGAAGAAUAGCUCCAAAUGCAAGCCACUCCCACCUUCCAAAAGGUUGCGCCUUGAAGCCCAAAGAGUUUUGAAGGAGAGAGUUCAGGACAUCGCAGAUAAAAGGGGCAUCAAGCUGAGGUUCUGUACCUUGAAGGAAUGCGAGACUCAUAUUCACUCAUUAGAUAACCCUUGUGCAAAUAUAAGAAUGGAAAUUGGGUGGCCACCAGGAGUUCCAUUUGUCCAUCCCCAUGAUCUACCCAAUAAAGCAAAGGUUGAAUUUCUGAAAGCAUAUGAACCUGGGUGGACGCCAACUAAUGAUACAGAGAAUCCCUCUCCAUAGUUUCUGCUGUGGCCAACCAGCUGCAAGCCUGCAAUUAACUUGUGACCUCCUUGUGAUUGAUCCAGACUAGUUUCCAGCUUUUAACUGGCGAUGCCGCAUGAUAUAGUGACCGCUCCUUCAGAAUUUUAUCUUUGCAUCCUGAGUUUUAUUGCUGCUCUUGGGGCCUCAGGAAUGCAACUUAAAUUAUGAUUAAAGCUCUGAUGGAGAUCUCAAUGAUGGAGCCGGAUUGUCAUGAAUGGCUCGGCUCAAGACUAGUUUUUUUUCUUGUUCAUUAUUUCUGUACAAAUGUUCCUUCAAAAUAACGUGUAAUUUAGCUUCAUAUGACUGGAAGAGUCAUUUCAUGAUGCAUUUACUGCCCUUUGGCGAGCUUAUAGGGAUUCAUGUGACAAAUAACUGGAGGGGCAUUCUCUUGUUUUGCUUUUUUCCUUUGCCUUUUUAGGUACUCCUUAAUUGGUCUUUGAAAAGUGAGGCUACGGUUUCGAUGGUGGCAAAGCCCUUCGUUUGA